GCUGUAACUUACAUGUAGGCAUGUACAUCGUACCUAGUAGUACAUAGUACAAUGAAUUUGGUACUGUACUCUCAUACCUAGUAUUCAACAUCAAAUUGAACCUCUUCCACGCUACUUUCUAUAUCCAACUUACACAAACCUUCCUCUCUCACCUUAAUAAACGCACAUCAUUUUAUCGAUCCCGCGACGUUGCUGGAUCAAUAAAAAAUCAUACGAAAACUCGUUUCCCCUCUGGAACUCAAGCCAAAAAGGCACGACACUCCAAUACUUCUGUAUCAAUCUGAUCUUCGGCUUCAAUUGCCUUAGCAUUCCCAUCAUGCCGGGCCAUGAAGAGGAACCCGAAUUCGGUUCUUUCAGUAGGGUUGAACGUUUUGCCCAAUUGUCUCGCAUUGAUGAGAACAUCGCUGCUCUCCUUCGUUACACCGCUGAAGCCUUGAAAACCCUGGGCAAGCAAAUUGCAGAAGAAGAGCGCUCGAUGACCGGCCAAGAUGACCGAGCACGAGCCCAAAUCUUCCAGUCUUCAAUGGAAGACUUCUUGCGCACUUUACGCACCAUCAACGUGGGCAUGAAACGACAAAUUUGGGGUCUUGAGGAAGCGCGGAUCAUUAAGCUAGAGCCAAAGGAUUCGCAGACCACCAGAGAUGAAGGUGGCGAGGUGCAAGCAGCCCAUCUACCUAAGCCUAUCAAACCUGACGGCGAGGGUAAGAUAGGUGGCCUUGAUGUUGGAUGGCUCAAUAGUCGAAGUCACAAAGUAGAGAGUGCCAUGGAAGCAGAUCUCUGGCGUGAGGCUGAGACCCAUCUAGGACGACUUCUUCGAACUGUCGCGGGUGAUGAGACUUCUGAUGAGACUCAAGAAUGAUUCGGCAAGCUAAGGAUAUAAUACCCAAUGAGGGGUAUUCGGUGCAAAAAAAUCGGAAGGCAUUGCAAUUUGGGGGCGUACUAAGGAGUUAGAUACCACGAUGUAUUCAAUAGGCAUGGUUCAUUGAGUUAUCACCAAUACGACUCGAUUCUAUGAAUUCUCUUCCAUUUUUCUUUUCCAUUUUCUUUUUAAAUUUGGCAGGUCCAAAACGUUCAAGGCCCGAGUAAUUCUAAAUAUGUUUUUGGCCUAAUAAGAAGGGAAUUUCUAUGUAGU